AUGGAGCAUCAUGAUUUCUACAAGGGCCGCUCCUCCAAACGAGAGAUGAUAGCAGUUUCUGCAGUUGCUUUACAGGAUCAUAUAAUACACAGUCAUCAGCUCCAGGAUCUUUCAUUAGCAGAUCCUUUUAAGUCAAGGACAAGGAAUAUCAAGAACACUUAUAAACACGUGAACAAAGCAACAGUAGAUACUGGACUAAGAAAAAAGAGCACUCUCCACAAAAACAAGGAAGAAGCAGAAAAGGAGUAUGUUCUUGAUCCCAGUCCUCCACAGCUAACAUUAGCUCAGAAAUUAGGCCUAGUUGAGCCUCCUUCCUUGCCACUAACUGCUGAAGAAUGGGUAAAAAUAAAGCAGAGAUCCAUACAGCAUGGAGACUCCAUACAGCCUUGUGCAAUAUGCAGGGAAGAAUUUGCACUUCAACAUCAG